AUGCGGUCAAUAGUCGAUAUCCUCAUCCCUCUCCUCACCUUCUCAUUCCUCGUGGUUGGGGAAACGAUCCCCUGUCCACCCCACCAGCUCAACACUGCCACUCCAGCUUCCAUCGACAAUGCCUCGAUCACGCUUAUCUCACCCACGCGCAGCAGCUCACAUUCCACAUCAACAACCAUCUACAAUUGCGAAUGCCAGGACAGCCCGGACGUCAGAAUCUUCACAGCUCCAUCUACCGCAGUAGCUUCAGCCCCUCCGGUCCAACCAACAAACAAUGUUACCGUGAAGGUCACACUGACGUACGUUACAACAGCGAAUUACACCUCUUCAGGUCUCCCAAAUUCCGCACAAUCUACUUCGGUGAAUAUUACCAACUCCAGAAUCACGCCGGCAGCUACUGCGAGUAAUACUCAGAGCUCUUCCUCGUCAAGCUUAUCAAACUCGGUACCACCCACUUCGAGCCUCUCUUCAGGCUCCACAAUCACUGCGGCCGUCACUGCAAGCAUCUCCACCUUCAGUUUGACCGUCUCGGUACCCUCCACUUCGAGUCUGUUCUCAAUCUCCAUCAUCACCACCCCAUCGCUAUCGGCAACCGCGAGUUCCACUGGAAGCUCUACGCCUGUGAAUUUCACAGCCUCGAUACAAACCACUGCGAGCGUCGCUCCAAAUCCAGUUUUCACUUACGUGGGGGUGCUGCCGGGAACCACCAUCACCACAGUGGCCAUUUCCCCAACUCUGCCACCUCACAAUAAUAUCACGAAUUCCACAACGUCGGGUGCAUCUUCUGCUGAGUUGAUGGGAUCGAAUAACCCGGUCAAGAUUGUCGUGGGCAUUGUUGUGGGGGCAGUUGUCCUUGCUGGAUUGUGUGAGGUAUGA